UAAAACAGCAUGUGAAAAAGUAAGGUUAUAGUUCAACAUAACCUACAUUUACUUGACUGUUGUUCUGGUGAUUCGUGUGGUUGUUUAUGUCUUGUUCUUUACUGAAUUGAGAGUGAAUUAAAGAAACAUGGUUCCGGCGGAAGAAGAAUACUUCCCGCGAGGCAACAAACCCCUCUCCAAAGCCCCUAGACCCCAAAAACGACCAGCCAAAACGGAAGCCGAUGACAACUUAUUUUCGACAUCAAAGAACGCUCCGAAAGCCAAAAAAGCUAAAACACAAAAGGUGAAAGAGACUCAUGUCACAUUAACAGAAGACAGUUUCCAGUCAUCAAUCCAAGUUAAAGGAUGCCUCACAUAUCAGAAAGUCCAAGAUGGAAUGGUAAUCCUUGGAUGCAUCAGGCACAUUACGAACUACUCUCUGGAACUGGAAUUCCCUGGUUUAGUAUUCGCCAAUGUCAAUGUCACCCAGAUCUCAGACCAUUUCACUCAUUAUCUCAACAAAAAACUGGAGACUACCGAGGAGGAGGACGACGGUUCAGAAACAGAUUUCAUUUUGAAAAACAUGUUCACUUUGGGCCAGUUUGUGCCUACAAAAGUACUUAGCGUCGGACACGGAGAUCGCGGCUUUAAAAUAUCCGCCAGUUUAAAUCCUAGAGAAAUUAAUGAGGGCAAAAGACAUAAUGCAUUAAAAAAAAAUAUGUUAAUUUGGGCCAACAUUCAAUCUGUUUUGGAUCAUGGUUAUGAAUUGUCUGUUGGUAUUAAAAAUUGCAGAGUUUUCUUGCCCAAAGAAAACAUUGAUGAAGGAAAAGUUUAUACUAUUGGUGAACCUCUCUGGUGUGUUGUCCACAAAUUAACCGAUAGCGAAACUGCCAGUACCUUAAGAGUUAGCGCCAAAAAAGAACACGUCAAUGCUUCCUCAGCUGAACAAAUCACCAGUUUAAAUGAUUUAAUACCAGGAAUGCAAGUGGAAUUUGUCACAGAUAGAGUAGUAGAAACAGGAAUACAAGGUAAAUUUUUAGAAGACUAUUUCGGUUACGUCAACGAAAAUUUCCUGAGAAAACCCCUACAUCAAAUCUCCAAUUACCAAGAGGGCAAAAUUUUAAAAGCUUACGUUUUAUACGUAGAACCAGCGACGAAAAUCACUCAUUUAACAUUGAGAGGCUGGGACAUGUACCAACCGGCAAGUCUUAAAAACGGAGACGUGAUUUCCGCUGAGGUAUCGUAUAAAACCGGUCUGGGAUUAUAUUUUAAACUGCCUAAUGAGCAAAAAGGUUUCACGGCAAACAAGAGACUAAUUAAUUGCUUGCCGAAAGGCAACAUCGACGAUCUAAGUACGACAAUCGCUGCAAAAUUUCCUGCGGGAAGCGUCCACAAAUGUCGCAUUCUGGACUUUAAUUAUCUCUCCCAGAUGUACGUCGUAACAGUCGAGCCGAAUUUAAUCAAAGAAAACCUCUUCAUGCCAAAUGAUUUGGGACUGGGCAAAGUAUUGAAAGUGAAAAUUGACAUCAUCAAAGACGAAGGGUUGGUGGUUAGCGCCGGAAGUCUGCGAGGUUUCGUACCUAAUUUUCACAUUUCUAACAGUCAGUACAGCGAAAAUGUCAAAAGAAAAUACGUGGCCGGCAUGAGAGUCAACGCCAGAGUGAUCGACAGAAAUGAAAAGGGCGUAUUCUUUACGUUGAAACAAGGUCUGGUUGAGGCAGAUAAUUGCCUUACGUCGUUCGAUAAAGCGGUCGUAGGACAGAAAUAUACCGGAUUUAUCGUACAAACUACCACUGGCUACGCGAUUGUUGCCUUUUAUGGUUCCGUCAAAGGAAAGAUUCAUAGAAAAUCUAUGUCAGAUAAUAAGGAUUCUUCGUCGGUGGACCCAACUAAAUAUUUUUACAGAGGACAAGUCGUAAACGUCUGGAUAGUGGCCAAAAACGAUGGCAAAUUGAUUUUAUCGUUGAAAGAACCGACGAUUAAGACGACGACGACGACGACGACGACGAAAAAACUAACGAUGAGAGUAGGACAACAAAUUAAUGGAAUUGUUACAGACAUCCACGAAGACCGACUUGACGUUAAAUCCACUAACGGCAGAAUUAUUGGUUGCGUUCCUGUUAAUCACCUGAGUCCGUAUUUGAGACUCUGCAAACCCAUGAUGAAAAUGUUUCCAGUGGGCAGCGAAAUUAAAAAUCUUAUUUGCGUAAAAUGUGAUACUACUCCCCCAACAUUCUCUAGACGCGAGUUUAUACGCGCCAAAAACAUCAAAAGAUUUGAGCAGCUGAAAAAGGGCAGGCUAGUUCGUUGUUUCUAUGAAUCAAAAGAUGAAAAAGGGAUAUACGUCACUGUAUUGACGAAGGAUUUCCACGACAAAGUUUUGAUCACUAACAAAAACAUCCACAACAAUCCUGGGACAAAAUUACUGAAGUAUCAAAGUCAACAGGUUAUUUUGGGGAAAAUUUUAGAUAUUGAUGUUAAUAAAAGAACCCUGAAAUUGACGACAAAAAUCGAUCCUUCAACGAACUACACUUUGACCUGGUUCGGUCAAUGUUUGGCCGAUUUGCAUUUACUGAGACAGUUUGGAAGACAACACAAUUGGCCACAUUGCGCAUAUUCGCCCGGCGAACAGAUCCAGUGCGAGAUCGUGAACGUUACCGAAAUGGGUUGCAUCGUCAGUUUGCCGAACGGCUGCACCGGACUGGUACCCGUAUGUCUCUGUCCCGUUGAACCAAAAUCGGGCGACAAAGUGAAAGGAGUGAUUUUAUCUCACGACUUCGACAACGAGUUCGUCGAAGUUUCGAUCAAUCAAUCCUACAACAGACACAUCAACAAAAAUCAGAAAAUCAACGUGGAUUUAUCCCAUAAGUCGGCUUGUUUGGUGGAAAAACUUUUAUACAAAAAGGAUGAUCACAUACUGUCGGUACUCAAACAAAGCGACGGGGCUAAACAGUUUGUUUAUAUUCCCGUGUUGCUGCACGAAAACUACUCCCCAUCUCCGAUGUCCCCCGAAUUUUACUAUGACCAGCCCAAAUUCAAAGUGUGCAUCUGCGGGAAAUACAAGAACAAUUUGAUAGGUAUAAGCAGGAAACUGUUUAUCACCUUAGAAAAGGAUAAAAAUAAAAAGAAAAUAAACAAAUUGGCAAUAAACGAAUUUUCCGAUAAAUACGAGGAAUCACAGAAUGGAGAGGACGAAGAAGAAUUGGAGGACGAAGCGACUGAUGAAAUGGAUGGAGAAGACGUAGAGGAAGCUGAAGAAGAUGAUUCAGAAAGCGAAGAAACUGAAGAUAUCGAAGAGGUAUUCGAUGAUGAGGGCGACUUAGAAGACGAAGAAGAACAAGAAGAUGAAGAAAAUGAUGAUUCGAUGCAACAAGUGAAUGUGGAAGAACCUAAAUUAGGUGAGAAGAGAAAAGCGGCGCAGCCAAUUUUACCAGGAAUCGGAUCUUUCUUUGACACCAACAACACCAACGGGGAAACGGUAGCAGAUUCGUCGUCGGAUGAGGAGGAUGACGAAGGCGAGGUCGUCAAAAAGAAGAAAAAACUGUCCAGGGCUGAAAGAGUAGAACUGCUUAGACAAGAGGAAGAGAAAAUAGCGAAGAUUGAAAAGAGAUUUGCUGCUAACAGUAAUGUCGAUCCUGAAAGCGCGGAUGAUUUCGAUCGAUUGUUGACUGCAAAUCCAGAUUCUUCCGAGUUAUGGACUAAAUAUAUGGCAUUCCACAUUUCCUCUACCGAAAUAGACAAAGCCAGGGCUGUGGCGAAGCGGGCUCUGGAAAGCAUCAACAUGACUUUGUCCGAGGACAGACUGAACAUUUGGAUUGCUUUGUUGCAUUUAGAAAACUCAUAUGGAAAUAGGGAAACGUUCGAUAAAACGUUUGAUGAAGCAAUAAAAUGCAACGACUCACUCAAAGUCUAUUUGAGAGUAAUUGAAAUGUUGGCGGAUAACGGGAAAUUAGCGGACAUGGAAGAAAAAAUUAAAAAAGCUCGCAACAAACACAAGCAAGACCCCAAAAUGUGGAUAGAAAUCGCCAAGGUAUACUACACCAUUAAAAAAUUCAGGGAAGCUAGAAAUAUGAAAGACUGUGCCCUGAAAUCUAUACACGACAAGAAAACACAAAUGAGUUUGAUCGUCCGUUUCGCAAUAAUGGAGUUCAAAUUUGGAGAAGAGGAACAGGGUGCUGCCAUUUUCGAAUCGAUUUUGAACACGGAUCCAAGAAAGGUGAACAUUUGGUCGACCUACGUUGAUCAGUUGGUGAAAAAUGACAAAAUCGACCAGGCGAGAAAAGUACUGGAACGUUCCGUUUGUCAGAAAUUACCCGUUAAAAGUAUGAAGACGUUGUUUAUGAAGUUCAGGAAGUUCGAAGAAGAACACGGUACGGCCGCGACUGUAGAGGCAGUAAAAGAGAAAGCACAAGCGUUUAUAAAGAGAUUUUCUAAAUAAAUGUUUGUAAUUGUUUUAA